GAGUUUCACGCCUUGCUACGCCCCGAAAUUCCUCGUCACUGUGUGAUCGUUGGAGCGCCGUUUAAAAGCCACAUCACAGCUUGACGUCCUGCGUACAAUUCGCAUUCCUGUUUUCAUUGCAACGUAGUUGCUGUCCCAAGAUCAGGCUGUAACUCUGAAAGAUGUCCAACGCCACGUACGAAUCGGAGACGGCUGUCGAGGCCUCACAGAUUCAUGCACUCAAGCAGCGCGUGCGUCACCGCAGCAUAGGCGACGGCAAGUCCACCUACUUUGGCAAGUACGUGUCACAGGAGGGCUCAGAGAAGCUGCGCACGUACGAAUAUCAUGGAGCCGACAACUCGCUGGUGUACAAACACGUGCUGACCCCCAUGAACAACUUUCUGGUGAAACUUCUACCUCUCUGGUUGGCGCCCAACCUCAUCACUCUUAUUGGGCUGAUUCUUGUGGGCGGUUCGCACACACUGUUCGUGUUCCUGUGCCCGUUUCUCGUGGGAGACGCACCCUGGUGGGCCAUGGUGGUCGCGGCGCUUGCACUCUUCACAUACCAGACGCUCGACAAUUUAGACGGCAAGCAGGCAAGACGAACCAAGUCGUCAUCGCCUCUGGGUCUGCUAUUCGACCACGGAUGUGAUGCUUUGAAUGUGUCAGUGGGCACAAUGACGAUGGCCAGUAUUCUGCAAAUGGGGACGACAUGGAGGACGCUUGGAUUCGUGCUGAGUGGCCAUUUCGUAUUCAUCUUUGCCACGUGGGAAGAGUAUUACUCUGGAUCACUGGAGCUCCCACUCAUCAACGGACCGACGGAAGGAAUUCUCAUCGGGAUCGCAUUGAAGUUGGUCACUGCGGUGGUUGGGGUUGGCUUCUGGAACCAGGAAAUGAUUGAAGGCGUGCAGAACAACUCGCUAUUUGUCAUCGUGACGAUGAUCAGCUCGUGUUUCACGCUUCUGGUUAAUGUGAGGAAUGCGCUCCAUGCUGUGCGCUUGAAUCAGGACUCGGUUCUUGUGGCCUUCACGCGUCUCCUGCCGUUCGUCGUUAUUAACACGCUCGCUGGACUUUGGGCUUUGUACUCGCCCUCUGACAUCUUUUCGACGCAUCCGCGUAUGUUCUUGUGGAUGCUCGGGCUGCUAAACAGCAAGUUGGUGCUACACUUGAUGUUGGCUCACUUGUGCGGCGAGGAAUAUCAUCCGUUCCGCAAGACGCUGGUGCCGAUCUUCUACGUGGCCGGACACUGCGCCUUCUGCAUGGUGGAAGGCAUUUACGACGCUAUCAACGAGGAACUUAUCGUGCGCGAAUUCUUCUUCCUCUCCCUCGCAGCGUACGUGCACAUCGUCAUCACCGUCGUGUGGGAGGUCAAGAACGUACUGGGUGUCUCGGUAUUUACGAUCCCGCACAGCUCAAAAUUCAAGCUCAAGACCAACAGCAAGCCAGCAGCAAAGUCAUCGUGAUUUGUGGGCCACGCUGUUGGUUAGCGCUGUAAUCCUACGCCUUCCAUAAAGCCCAGGCGAACAAUACACGUAGGAGCGAGCAUGGAA